GUGUCCCUUUCGUCGUCCUCGUCGUCCGUCCAUCUACCACACGUCACCCUCGCAUCAUUUAUAUAUCGAGUAAACCAUCAUGAGGGAGGUCAUCUCUAUCCACGUCGGUCAGGCUGGUGUUCAAAUCGGAAACGCGUGCUGGGAGCUGUACACCGAGGAGCACGGACUAACCCCCGAUGGCCGCCUCAAGUCAGACCCGAACCGCAAGCCGGACACCAUGGAGGGUUUCUCGACCUUUUUCAGCGAGACGAGUCACGGGAAGUAUGUCCCCCGUUCGCUGUUUGUCGACACCGAACCCGGUGUCGUCGACGAGGUGCGCAACGGCAAGUACCGCGCAUUGUUCCAUCCCGAGAACAUGGUUACUGGCAAGGAGGACGCCGCGAACAACUACGCUCGUGGCCACUACACAAUCGGCAAGGAGAUUAUCGACUUGGUCUUGGACCGGACGCGUCGCCUGACUGAGGCAUGCGUUGGUCUCCAGGGCUUCUUUGUCUUCCAUUCGUUCGGCGGUGGUACCGGCUCUGGUCUUGGUGCCCUUCUCCUGGAGCGCCUCGCCACGGACUACGGCAAGAAGUCCAAGCUCGAGUUCUCCGUCUACCCGUCGCCAUCCUUGGCCACCGCUGUCGUCGAGCCGUAUAACUCUGUUCUCACCACCCACAGCACCCUCGAGCACUCCGAUUGCUCGUUCAUGGUCGACAACCAGGCACUUUAUGACAUCUGCCGUCGCAGCUUGUCCAUCCCUGCCCCGGGUUACACCAACCUCAACAGGCUGAUCGCCCAGGUUGUUUCUUCCGUUACGGCCUCGCUCCGAUUCAGCGGCUCGCUCAACGUUGAUUUGAACGAAUUCCAGACCAACCUCGUCCCCUUCCCUCGUAUCCACUUCCCGCUCGCGUCCUACGCGCCUCUUAUUAGCGCUGACAAGGCUGGUCACGAACGCAAUAGCGUGAGCGAGCUCACGUUCGCCUGCUUCGAGCCCCAGAACCAGAUGGUUAAGUGCGACCCCAAGGACGGCAAGUUCAUGGCCUGCUGCCUGCUGUACCGCGGUGAUGUGACUCCUAAGGAUGUUACCAAUGCCAUCAGCACGAUCAAGACAAAGCGCACGGUGCAGUUCGUCGACUGGUGCCCCACGGCCUUCAAGCUUGGUAUUUGCGAUGAGCCGCCCAUUGUUGUCCCCGACGGUGACCUCGCCAGGGUGCCUCGCGCACUUACCAUGCUCAGCAACACAACGGCGAUCUCGGCGGCUUGGAGCAGCCUCGACCACAAGUUCGACCUGCUGUACUCCAAGCGUGCCUUCGUUCACUGGUAUGUCGGUGAGGGUAUGGAGGAGGGAGAGUUCGCCGAGGCCCGUGAAGAUCUCGCAGCGCUCGAGAAGGACUACGAGGAGGUCGCACGCGAUACCGAGGAGGCCGGCGAAGAGGAAGCCGAGUACUGAUCGGUGCCAAAGCCAAACUGUUCACGUUUCAUUGGGACAUUGGUACUGGUCGCGCUCCUGGUCUCUCCUAUUCCUUGCCCUUGCGAAAGAAGCUCCUUUCAGAAUGUUCUGCUGUAAUUUCUCGUCUCUCGCCUUUAUCCGCUUAUUCCUGCCGAUACACCCACGUCCUGGAUUAGUAGCCUUGUAUGAUGCCGCCAGGCGGGAGAAAUACGGUAAUACUAGUUUUCUAGCCCGGUUAGGAAAUAGAUCUACGUAUGAAAGGC